AUGAAGCUGGCUGCUGCCCUGGUCCUGGUGGUGUUGGUCACGGCCACUCAAGCGUCCCGGAUCGAUUGGUCGCAGGUGAAACCGAUCGAAGAGUUCGAACACUACUGGAGCCGUCUGCCGGCCGAAUUCCAGGCACUGCGUGAUGUAGCCGUCUCAGAUCGCCGUAUCGUCGGAGGACAGCAGGCAACGCCCGGUCAGUUCCCGUACCAGGUGGCACUACUAAGUGACCAUGGGACGGGCUGGAGUCUGUGCGGUGCUACCAUUCUCACUCAGUACUCGUUGCUGACGGCGGCACAUCGAGUUUUGUCCAGUAGUGGCGGUGCACUGGCCCUCGGUGGCUUGGCCGUCCUUGGUGCGCACAACUACAGUGCCUGGGAAACGACGCAGCAGAACAUUGACUUCUUCCAGUCCGGGAUCCGGGUGCAUCCGAACUACAACCAGGACACGAUCCGUAACGAUAUCGCUACCGUCCGGUUGUCUGUUGCGGCCGUCUUCAAUACGCGCGUCCAGCCGAUCGCUCUGCCCGCUAGUUCCGAUGCCCGUACAUUCGCUGGCAUGGAAGGAACGGCUUCCGGUUUCGGGCGUCUCUCGGACAGUAGCACGACACCGUCGGAUUUGCUCUACUAUACGCGCAAUCCGAUCCUGUCGAAUGCGCAGUGCAACACUUACUGGUCCACGGCAUCGGUCGAUGCGCAGAAUGUGUGCCUCGAUCCUACCGGUGGCCGUUCGGCAUGCAACGGGGACUCGGGCGGUCCACUAACCGUUAGCGAUACCACUGGCAGCACGCAGGUCGGUAUUGCUUCGUUCGUGUCGGCGCGUGGCGGUGCCUCCGGUGCUCCAUCCGUUUGGGUCCGUAUUAGCUACUUCCGGGACUGGAUCCAGCAGAAUUCGGAUUACGUUUUCCGUGCCUAA